AUGGCCGAAGCGAGAGGUAGAGAUUUACCAGAAUAUGUUCAACCUAGAGAAUUAGUAGAUUAUGAUCGACCUCCCGCCGCGACUGCUCAAACUUGUCCAUGGCUUUUGAUUUCUCAUGGUAAAGAAUAUCAAAAACACACGUUCUUUAGUGUCACGGAGAACAAACGUUACACGAGAGAAAUUCCUUGCUUGCGCAAUAAGACUCUUCUCGGUCAGAGUUAUGGUUGGAUGAUUUGUGGAGACAAUGAAAAUUGUAAUCUUUUUAAUCCUGUUUCUACCGAGGAUAUUCAGCUUCCGCCGCUCCAAGCAGAUAAGAUUACGAACAUCUUGCUAUCUAAAGCUCCCCAUCAUCCUGACUGCCUCGUCUUCAUUGUUGCGCGGUCAGGCCCAAACCCGUAUCACCUCGCAUUUUGCAAGAUUGGUGAUGAGAAAUUUGUUGAAGAAUCCAAUCUGGGACACAGUGCUCUAGUUGAUAUAUUCGCUUUUAAGGGAAAAGUAUACGGUUUGAUGGUGGAUUGUACUUUAGUUGCUUUCGACGUAAUAGGCUCAACUUUGCGUACCACACCAUUGGUCAAGGAUGAUUUGCCAUUCCAGAUAAGUAAUCCUUUACCUCCCGAGAACAUUAUGUCUCAUAAUGUUUUCAUUGAUUUAAACAAUGAUGAGGAAGUUUGGCGCGUUUACAAAAUAUACUCCCCCUGUUUCUUCGAUGAAGUGACCCACUUCAGAAUUUUCCGUUUAAAUCUAAACGACAUGAUUUGUGAAGAGCUGGAAAGUAUAGGCGAACGUGUGAUUUUUCUAAGUCCUUAUCAUGGAAAGGUAUACUCCAAACCUGGACCAGGUCUUAGGAUUAACUCCAUCUAUUAUGUUGAACCGGAUGAUAAUCGGCUCUAUGUACACAACCUAGAAAAUCGAAGCAGGUUGUUGAAACUUCCAUGUCCUAAUAUAAGGAAGGACGCAAGUAUGUCUUGGGUUUUUAGUUAA